CUCCAGCCUAGUGGCGUGUCAUCGUUGCACUCCUGGCUCGUUUCCUCUACCCGGCUUACCACAACCCAAACAAGAUAACCGAGAGAAUCUUAUUGACUUGUUGUUGUAUGGUGAACCUGUCUAGAACUCUACACCUGGGUUCAGUCGUAGCCACAUCUUUUUCCAGGGCUAAUGGGGAAACCGUCGUUAUGUCACAUCAAUGGGUUCGUACAUCACCCGCCUUGCUCGAUACUUCGAUAUCAGCCUUAAAAGGUGCUCGAGAGUGGAGCGAAACCAGAGAUUUGACGAGGGAACUUUGCACUCCAUGCGCUUAUUGCAAACCUUUGGCCCAAUGCGGUACAUCGAGGGAUUGAGUCCUGACCCCGAGGUCCCACCACCAGCAGAGCAGCGACCUGCUCAUGCACCCGGUCGCCGCCGACGUCCAGCGCUCCAGUGCCUAGCACAGCCACCACCAGCACCAGCAGGUGAUCCCCUCGUCCACAGGGUGGAUCGCCUUGAGACGAACUUCGUUGGAUUCUCUUACCGCCUGGACCGGCAGACUGACAUCCUCGAGCUUAUGGCUCGACGCCAGGGCAUCCUCCCAGAAGAGGUCAUGGGUACUUCCACCAGAGAGAGGUAGCUGAUGAGUGAGACAUGUGGCAGAGCUGAAUCCUUUCGUCCCACUUCUCCACUUGUAACCCUGAACUUUUUUUGUUGUUGUUUUUUUUUUCAUUUUGUGUGUGUGUGUGACAUAAACCACUACUAUUGUAUUGUGUUUGUAAUAACCUCGCAUCGAGCGAGUCGUAUUGUGCUUGUGUGUGUUUUUUUGUCUCUCCUUGAAGCUCAAAAUAUCCUACCCCGAAUUCGAUUCCAACUUUCACUCACCAAGCCCAAGUGGUAACAUCAUUCUACCCCUUUCUUACGCCAUUGAGGGCAAUGUCGAGUUUAAGUGGUGGUGGGGGGGGGGGUAGUUUACUAUUAUGCUUGUGUGAGUGUGAUGGAUGCUAGGAGCCUUGAUAUAUGCCCAAAUUUCAAAAAAUUGAGGGCUCCAAGCAAUGUUUGCAAGAUCAAGUGGCCGGUGUGUGGGAAAUUCUCGUGUUUAUUGGCAUUGAGCUUGAAUUGUUGCAUGUGAUCGAGUAUAUCAUAUGAUGAUGACUAAGAGGUUCAUUAGGAUAGUGCAAAAUUUUAGUACUCAUGUGUGCAUAAAUGAAUGGAUUUCUUGACU